AUGGUGUCUUUCAAAUCAGCCGUUGCCGCCGCCACGAUGGCCUUUGUCUCGUUGGCCAAUGCGAAGAGCUACUACAUCGACCCUGACAGUGUUCCUCUGACCACCAGACAGAGCUGGUGCCGUUCUGAGACGUCGACAUGCCCCAUCAUCUGCCAGCAGACCACCAGCAAACCAACAUUGGUCAACGACUGCAGCCCUGAUACCCUGAGCUUUGGCUGUCUCUGUGGUGACAACAAGCAACCUAACAUUUCUGAGUACACCCUGACACUGCCCUUUUUCAUUUGCCAGGAGUUUGUGGUCCAGUGCAGGACGGCUUGUGGCUCGGACAACACUUGUGCGUCUAACUGCGCCGAGGAUAACCCUUGCGGUGCCACUGAUCCUAAGCGCUACAACUCAACUUCGACUGCUACAACAACAACCCCUGCCGCCACCUCUACCACUGCCGGCCCUGACACCAUCUUCACCGGCGUUCCUGGAGGUGGCAGCAGCAGCGGCAAGGGCAAGUCAAUGGCAGCUCCUGCGGUUGAGGUUGGACGAGCCUAUGGAUUGGCAGUUCUUCUCGGAAGCAUGUUUGUCGGCUUUGCUCUCCUAUAA